UCGAAAUAGUUUUUAAUCUUCCGCUGUUCCGACCGGACGUGCCAGUGUAGUGAUCAAGUCAGGUGCCAAAACCAUGGCUUCAAUGUGUUUGUGAUAUUGUGUCGAUGACAAGAGGAUGUCAUGUAUCCAAUUGUGCCCUUCACUGUGCUCUAUGUGAUGAUCAUCUCCCAAGUCAUGUCCGUCGGACAUUAUGCCAAAGUGGUUCCAGGUUCGAAACCAAGAUCAGCCGAGGAAUACCUACAACAGAUAUACAUUCAUCCCACGACCUCCCUUCCGCCAAUUUCUCGUCCAAUCAAUGUUUGCAACGAAUGCGAGCGAAGAUUCAUUCUGGUUCAGCAUCAAAUGGAAUACGCCUUCGCUCAAUUGGAGCGAUUAAGUGACGAAAACCGCAAGUUGCAAGAUCAUAUCACCAAUUUAGGGUCUCAAAAUGAACGUUUGGUGACGAGAAUUUACUCUGUUGAGAAGACACUCCGAGUCAGCCCCAAUCGAACAAAUUCUGAAUUUGAACGGGUUUUUGACAGGGUGGCUAUUUUGGAGCGAGCGGCCAUGGCCUUGAAGGAAACCAGAGAUGCGGAUUACUCACAUUUAAUGAGGCGGAUCAACCGAUUAGAGAACAAAAUUGCCGGCAUCUCCAAGGCCGAUAAUGUGCCACACCAAACUGACAUCAUAACUGACAAACUUGACCAACUGGACGAGAUUGAGCAAAAGCUGUCUCAAGUGGCCACGUUCCAACAAAAUUUGAACCGCUUAACUGAAAAAGUGACCGUUUUAGAAGAAGACAAACGUGCAGAAGAGGAUAUUUCUCCUUCUUUAAAUGACGUUAAAACCUUAUUGGACUCUGCCCAAAGCGACAUCAAUUCUUUGAACAACACAGUUACCCAAACCCAGAACAGAAUCUUUGUUAAUUUUGAUGUGAUUAACAUGAGAAUUGAUAAUGUCACGUCAAGGGUUGAGCUUCUCGCAAAUUCCAAUGAAAUAACAGCUUUUGAAAGUCUUGAAUCCAGGAUUGAAACCUUGGCAACGAGAUUGGACGACAUUGAAGUGGUACCACAAGGUCUACCGGCAAUCAACAAUAAAUUGACGAUGCUAGAAAAAGGAGUUGUGGAUUUGGCCACCAACGUUUCGUCCUGGAGACAAGACCUGAUAUCUGAAGAUGGACAGCUCUCUCGAGAUAUUGAAGGAAACGAAAAAGAGAUAAAAGACCUGUCCGAUAAACAAGAAGCCCUACUGAAUCAGGUAUUGUCUCUUGAGACAAAGACAAGUGGACAAUCUGAUCUAAGUGUGACCAUGGUGAAACAAGACAUCUUACAAUUGCAAGGAAAUCUCUCAACGUGGCAAAUUGAAUUGGACAAACAGGAGCUCAAAAUUGAAAGGAAUGCAAAUGAAGUUGAGACCCUAAAGGCUGGUAAGGCCUCAGACUUGAUCGCCCUCAAUAGCAGAAUCACUACUGUUAAAGAUGAUCUAAAAGUCCAAUUGACUGAGUUGGUCACAUUGAAGGAAAAUGUUACCAAUCUCAAAGAAAACAUACAAGGAAUUCAAACAAAAAUCACCGAUGUUGAUCUGGACAGCUGUUGCUCAGCUGAUGACUACGAAAUUCCUACCUUACCAGAUUAUUCGGAAGGUGACCAAACCGCUGGAGCAACUGCCCGUGCUGAUGAAAUAAAAACUGAUAUUAUAUUUUGCGGAGAGAACUCGUCAUACCAACGAAACCGUUAUCAGCCAUUGGUCUUUGAGAAAGUGCGACUUCAGGGUACCAAGUUAUUGGAUAUGGAGACAGGGAUUUUUCAAGUUCCCGCGAAUGGCAAAUAUCUAUUUUCAAUCUACCUCAACACUCGGUCCUGUGGUUCCUUGUCACUAUGUGGCGCCACUGUCGUCCAAUUGUGGAAGAAUGAGGAGUCGAUGCGCGAGUUCAAAAUAGGCUCUGCAAGUGAUCGACGAAAUGAUUUGGAAUCGAUUUCAGGUGUUACCUUCCUGGAGCUAACAAAAGGCGAUUCAAUAUCCCUACAAAUGUCAGAGACCAUUUUCGACGGAGUCAACAACUUAGAAUUCUGUGGUGUCAAACUGAACUAGUCAAAUAUAAUCCGGUUUUUACCGAAGAAGUUUCGAUUGUAAUGGGCAUAAGUUGUACACAUUCUG